UUGAAUGAAAUAUGAACAGCUGAUAUCGGCAAAAUUCAUUUUUGGAAGUUAUUAACUUUUGUUGAAUUGUGGAAAAGCUUUACAUAAGUAUGCAGAAAAGACGCAUAAAAACGAGUUCAAUUUUGGAUAAAUUACAUCGUGGAUUUGUUUACACCUGCAUUGGUGUUACCUUAAUUGGAACUUAUGCGCUUGGAGAACGCGUGUAUCGAUACUUCACAGUUGUACGUCCGCAAAGAAAACAGGAAGAACUAAAAAUGAUUGAAGGGGACAUGCAGGACAAAGCACCUGCACUUAAAUAUUAAAUUUUAUUGCAUUAAUUGUUUUUUUAAGUUAAAUAUAAUAAUACAGAAUGAAUCGUUUUAUUGUAAUA